AUGUCUAGUUCCCAAGAGAAGCUUGAGAAAAACUGCAAAACCAUGAGAGAGACCUUCACUAGUAUGGUCAGCGAAUUGCCGGAAGUAUGUGGACCUCAGGAUAUAGACUGCAGAAUUCAGAAGGAGCUGUUUAGUUUGUUGCCGUUGUUCGAAAAAUACUUCUCCUGUCCCAUGGAGGUCGGGCUCGACAAGACGACCGCACAUGACAAGGCAAACAAAGUGAAUAAUAAAGAGGGAGCUUGCCAAGCCACUGAGGGGGAGAAUAAUUAG